UGAUGCUCAUUCUCCACCAUUUAUUUUUGAUACGGAGUGGAAGCUAGCUGUGGCAUAAAGUAGCGUUGCCCUUGAAUUGCUGGCUUUGUUCUAUAUUGAUUAUCGCAAGUCACGGAGCAUUAUUUACCCAUCAGGAGUACUGAAAAUCUGUUUUGUUGACCAUUUGUAUUAAUAGAAGGUCAAACAGCUUGCUUCAAUCAAAAGGCAUAUCUUCCUGGAAUAUUACUUCUCUUUGUAAGGCAGUUAAUGUCUGCUCCCUCUACUAAAUCUUUGGUUGGUUCUAUGUCUAUGCAAGCUUCUAAGAAGUACAAAAACUCUGACAAGGCUCAGCAAUUCUACCAUAUGAAAAGCUCCAAGCCUGCAAGGGAAGCAGAAUCACAUUAUCCGCCACAGAAUCAUCAAUUAGCGGACCAUCUUAGCUCCAACAACGCAUCCAGGUCAAGAAACUUACCACAUCAGCAAUCUGGCAUGCAAUACUGCACAUUGGAGUCAUCCUCUGUUGCUGCUCGCAAUGAAAUUCAACAAUCUUCUUGUAUCAGCUUAACUUCUACUACUGGUAGUAGCCCUACGUCACAGCAUGACUCCCUUUCAGACAAUACCUAUGGCUCUCCAGCAAGCGUUUCAUGCAUAACUGAAGACCCUUAUGAUCUCAAACACAAGUUGAGGGAACUUGAGACAGCAAUGUUUGGGCCUGAAAUGGGUAAUGGAGAUAGUUUUGAAACUGUCUUUAAAAAGCAACUCCUCCUCGAACCUGAGAAAUGGAAACUAUUAGAGAUUGUGAGGGGGGACUUAAAGCAGGGUCUCAUAGCCUGCGCUCGUGCGGUGGCAGAUGACGAUCUUUUAAUGGCUGAUUUGUUGAUAACUGAGUUAAAACAGAUGGUUUCAGUAUCCGGGGAACCAAUCCAGCGCUUAGGAGCUUACCUUUUAGAAGGCCUCAUUGCUAGGCUGGAAUCUACUGGUAGUUCAAUCUACAAAGCUCUCAAGUGUAAAGAACCUACUAGCGCUGAGCUCCUCUCAUACAUGCACAUUUUAUAUGAGGUCUGUCCCUACUUCAAGUUUGGGUACUUCUCUGCUAAUGGUGCCAUUGCUGAGGCUUUGAAGGGUGAGAAUGCAGUCCACAUCAUAGAUUUCCAGAUUGCACAGGGAAGCCAAUGGAUAUCUCUAAUACAGGCUCUUGCAGCAAGGCCUGGGGGGCCACCCCGUGUUAGAAUCACAGGAAUUGAUGAUUCUAUUUCUGAGUAUGCCAGAGGAGGAGGUUUGCAUCUUGUGGGGCAGAGGCUAUCUCAUCUUGCAGAGUCCUGUAACGUGCCAUUUGAAUUCCAUGCUGCUCCAUUGUUAGGCGGUAAUGUGCAGGUUGAACAUCUUUCUGUAUGUCCAGGGGAGGCCCUGGCUGUCAACUUUGCUUACCAGCUGCAUCAUAUGCCUGAUGAGAGUGUGAGCACUGAGAAUCACAGGGACCGAAUCCUGAGAAUGGUGAAGAGCUUAUCACCAAAGGUUGUCACCCUUGUGGAGCAAGAAUCUAACACGAACACUGCCCCUUUCUUCCAGCGGUUUUUGGAGACCUUGGAUUACUACACGGCCAUAUUCGAAUCAAUUGAUGCAGUUCUUCCUAGGGAUCACAAGGAGAGGAUUAGUGUUGAGCAGCACUGCCUCGCAAGGGACAUUGUUAAUGUCAUUGCUUGCGAGGGAGCAGAAAGGGUUGAACGGCACGAACUUCUUGGGAAAUGGAAGUAUCGGUUCAGAAUGGCUGGAUUUACACCUUUUCCACUGAGUCCUUUUGUUAAUGCAACAAUAAAGUCACUCUUGGGAAACUACUGUGAUCAUUACAAACUAGAAGAUAGAGAUGGAGCUCUAUAUCUUGGAUGGAAGAAUAGAGUAUUGUCAGUUUCUUGUGCUUGGCUGUGAAGUUUUGUAAAACUCUGAAUUAUUUAAGGUUUGUUUGGAGAUUGCUUUUCUGCUUCUUUUCUGUUAAAGUAGAGGCUAUUGUAAAGGGCGUAGUGGCUAUAUGUAGUAGUUUGAAUUGUAGAACUAAACUUGCUGGCUAAAAUGCUGUGUUUUAACUGGUAAAGAAAUAAAUAUGGCAAUUGAUUCUCAUUUUCC